UUAAUGCGACAAUAAAUCAUAAGAUAUGUAAAAACUAUAGAUCUAGAAGUUUGUAUUUUUUUUUAAAAAAAGAAAAAGAUUGCCCAAAAAUCGGCUGUAUCCUUUUUCCACCGAGAGAGAGAGAUGGCGAGAUUUGCGGUAGUGGCUGCGGCGGCGGUUCUGGUCGUUCUGGCGGUGGCUCCGGUGCCGGAGGUGGCGGCGAAGAAGUGGACUGUCGGCGACAACAAGUUCUGGAACCCUAACGUUAACUACACUAUCUGGGCUCAGGGCAAACACUUUUACCUCGACGACUGGCUCUACUUUGUCUACGACAGAAACCAACACAGCGUCCUGGAAGUGAACAAGACAGACUACGAGAACUGCAUCUCCGACCACCCACUUCGCAACUGGACACGUGGAGCCGGGCGGGAUGUUGUCCCUCUCAACGUUACCCGCCAUUUCUAUUUCCUUAGCGGUAACGGCUUUUGCUUCAGCGGCAUGAAGCUCGCAGUCAAAGUCGAGAAGCUGCCUCCUCCUCCAAAGGCUUCCCCCGUCAAGAACGGUGGAAAAUCCUCCAUUGUUGCAGGCUUAGUGGCUCAGCUCGUUCUUCCGGUGAUUGGUUUGGCAUUUGGCGCAAUGUGGAAUGAGAACCUGUGGCUUUAAGAAGGUGAAGAAACCGAACUGAACCCAUCUGGACGGUCGAAGAUCUUCUUCAAGCCCUUUGAUUUCUUGCGCAAGAAUCAAACCGUUCCUGUUUAAUUCUGUCCCAAGUUUAUGAAUUUCCCAUUCUUUCAGGCAAAAAUCAUUUUGUUAGGAAUUGAGUUCUUGUAACGUUGUAGCUCUCAGUUCUGUUGUGGUGCCAUCUUUUCUCUUCUGUCUUGUUGGGUGUUGUCUCUGUAUGUCUUUUUUGAGAUUGUUUGUAUCUUCUUUUAUUUAAUUAAACCACUUGAAAGUGGAGUGCAUUGGUUUUACUUUA